CGGACUGCAGUCGGUGGAGAAGGACAUUAAGUCAAACCCCAGCCCAGAUCCAGGUGGACUAUAGUCGUGGCUCUGUCCUGGGUCCGUCCCUCAGAGGAUGUGUCCAUUCUUCCCCCCGUCAUCAUGAAUUCCUCCGCCACGACGACCACGCCUCAGACCUCAGCCCCUGUCAGCAAGUUCCGUUGCCUCUUCUCCCACGACAUUAGACGCAAAGCGAAACGAUGGCAUGAUGGCAUCCUCCGCUAUCAUUCCUUCAACAAGCGGAUCAUGGUCUACGACACCCAGAGUAAUUUUAUCGGAGAUCUACAUUGGCGCGACGGGGAGGGGCUUCAUGACGGUGAUGAAUUGGAGCUGGAGCGAGGAGUGCUUGUGCAGGUGGGCGAGUGUGUGGAGCAGACCCUGACAGACUUGACGGAGCUGUUGGAGAAGAGGAAACAUGCGACCACCUCCUCUCCCACAAAGGCGUUCUCGCCGGACGCCUCGUCUCGCCCAGCGCUUUCUGCUCAUAGUAACAAUGUGGCUCCGAACUCGUCGGGACGGCUGAAGUCACUGAACGAGCUGUUAGGUAUCGGGCGGGCGCGAAUUGGAAGGGCUGCAUUGCCCUCGAAGUCACCCUAUGAAGAGCGGUAUGGUGCCAUUCGUCCCGACAAUGAUGGUGCUGAUGCGUCGAAUACGGAACGGGCCCCAAAGAGGCAGAGAGUACAUAGCCGUGAACAGGGAAGGGAUGUCGAUAGGUCAUCAUGGCAGAAUCUACUUCGUGACUCCGGCUCGCACUCCUCUAUGUCAACGUUUCAGCCAGCCAGGGAUCUGGUGCGCAACAGCGUUUCCACUUCGUCCAAAUCGUCGUCAACCGACAUCCCCAAAACAACGAACAAGGGGGACAGAUCGAAAUCGCAAACCAUCAUCGAUUUUGGCAACCCUCCUGGAUCUGUCAAUAUUCUCAGGAUGGCCAUCGAAAAGCCUCGAAAGAAAUUGAUGUACAAGGAUUUACUCGCCCCACAGCCCAGGCACCACCCCACACCCAGGUCUCAACAAAACUCAAGAGAGAAACAGAACAGUAGCGUACGAACGCAAAGAGACAGCAGUCCAUUACCAUUACCCAUUGAAAACCCAGACGCUGAAAUCGAAAAUAUCCCUCCUGUCGGUCCCGCUUUCAAGUCACCAGCUCCCACUUCAACUGAUAUCAAUAGUACUCUCCAAUUCAUACCAUCAACGUCAACACUACGUGCCAUCCAAGAAGCCGAACCUCCGCCAUCUUCACAAAAGACCAAACCCAUAAACCAGUUCUUCCAGAAAAGCAGCAAACAUGCACCCCCCAUCACAACCAUAAAGUUGCAGAAGGAGGUUGUUCCAAGCCCAGUGGCUCAAACCCCGCAAACCACUGCCAUGGCGUGCAACAUAGAAAACUCUUCCCCAAAAUCUCAUGAGAGUCCUCAAUCCCCAAACCGACCUUCUAUCAUCAGUCACUCCGGUAUACCCCCAUCUUCAAAACAAACAAAACUUACCUCCCAUCCCACACCACCAGAACCACAAAUAAACCCUUCAAAACCAACAAUACAGCGAUCCGAUUCCCUCCCCAUCCACAUCUCGCAACCCACUAUAACUGAAAAAGCCAGUCAAUCAGCACCAGCACCAUCUCCUCCCCCUCCCCCUCCCCCUCCCCCUCGCCCUCAAAAACCCUUCCAAAAGGCUCCUUCAGACCCAUCUUCCAUGCUCCGUGGAACAACCACAUCUAGUACAGUAACAACAACAGUAACGGCACCACCAACGGCGGCCGCGAUCCCACGCACGCGCCAGAGCCUGCUUGCCCCGAAGAGAAACCAGCAUGUUGCCACGUGUGUGGAUGUCGAUGAUGGGGAGGAGCAGGGCCCCUGGACGGAGGAGGCGCUUGAUUUGUUUGAUUGGUGGCCUCCCGGUCGGCCGAAGCCGGAGAGCAAGAAGGGAAGAGGGAAGGUUGCUGGGUGAUGGGGUGACGGCAGAAGAGGGCGAUAUGUCAUGGCGCGUUUGGCUGCUCUUAAUCAGCAGUGGACGGGUUCGCCCAUUUACGUUUCUUAUGAUUGAUUUUGAUUCAUUAUUACGUUUUAUGAGUGUGCGUAUUCGGCAUUUUGUUUUGGCUGUUUUGAAUAUACCAGUUAAGAGACGUAGAAGAGUACAAGACGAGAAUGCAUUAGCUUUCUUUCUUGCUAGGUAGUGACGUGACCUGGAUAAAGAGAAGCGUGUGGAAGGCUCUCCACUACGUCCGUAUAAAACCUAUGGGCGGUGCCUGUGUAUAUCAGUUCCAUCUACAGGACGCCAUCUACGAAAACCAUAACAGAAUCGGAAAAAAAUAAAUUAAUAAAUAAAAGAAAA